GCUUGAAACCAGAAUAGUGUAGCCAAGAAAUAGUUAAUCCGGAGCUGCUUCUAUAUGAUUGGCUGCUAUACACAGCGUUUGAGCCACCUUGAAUGAGAAACAGGGGUAACUAGGCAACUUCAACGGCAGUUAAAAAAAAAAAAAAAAGAAGAUAUGGUCCAUGAAGAGCCGAAAUUGUAACAUUGUCGAAAAUUGAGAGUUGACCCAAUGUGAUUUUAUACCGUGCGUGGCUGGCAAAUGGAAUUAACGAGUGGAUUUCUUUUCUUAUAAGGUAAAACAGAGCGCGAAAAUGAACGGGAACCUGAUUUGGAUUAAAACGGUUGAAUUGGGCAUUCCAGAAUAGCCGACAUAUGAAAGGUGCUACUCGAAGGAGGGACAGAGAUAUACAACAUGAGGACAAUCUCUGAAGUAUCCUACCCAAGAGGCAGGCCCCUACUCAACCUGGCCUAAAGAAUAGAACAGUACCACCACAACCCAUGCGUUCCCUUUGGGAGGAAGUGUUCACCAAUCACUAGGCGGGAACUGCACUAAAGAGCAAUAGAGGGACCAUGUAAUACUUGACCUUCUUUGAGGGACAUUUUAGCCGCCAUGUUAGAACUAGUCUAAAGCAUUCGAGAGAGCCACUCCAAGAUCUGCCCCUUCAUCAGCUCGGAGAGAUCACUCAAAAACUCCCAGGAUGAGCCUACACUGAGGGAGAUCAGAACUCCAUGGCUUUCUUCACUAAAUACCAUCACACUUCCCACAAUGGACAUGGAGGAGAGCUCCGUCCUAGACCUGGAGUAUAGGGAAUAGUGGGCUCCGUCCUAGACCUGGAGUAUAGGGAAUACUGGGCUCCGUCCUAGACCUGGAGUAUAGGGAAUAGUGGGCUCCGUCUUAGACCUGGAGUAUAGGGAAUACUGGGCUCCGUCCUAGACCUGGAGUAUAGGGAAUAGUGGGCUCCGUCUUAGACUUGGAGUAUAGGGAAUAGUGGGCUCCAUCUUAGACUUGGAGUAGGGGACAGUGGGUAGGGGGGGUGUGAUAACCAUCCUGGAUUAGGGGAUAGGGGACUAGUCCAUAGGCGGUAUAGGGAUAGUGUGCUCCAUCCUAGACCUGGAGUAGGGGGAUAGGAGACUAGUCCAUAGGAGGUAGCAGAGGAGUGAUAACCCCAUGGUGGAUCUGCUGUGAGGAGGACUGAGGACAGGAAGGACCCAGGAGGAUGUCAUCAGCCGGAGGAGAGUCAGCCAGCUCGGAGCUCCAAGCAGGUGUCAAAACCAGCACUCUGAGACGGGAGUCCAGGAGGACUAAAGGUCAGGACCGCAGUGAGGCGGGGCUGAUUAAGCGUUUCCGUGGUGAUGGCGUGCGCUACAAGGCCAAGCUGAUUGGGAUUGAUGAGGUGACAGCGGCGCGCGGGGACAAGCUGUGCCAGGACUCCAUGAUGAAGCUCAAGGGGAUGGCUACGUCGGCGCGUUCCAAAGGAGAGCACAAGCAGAGAGUCUUCAUCACCAUCUCCUUCGGGGGGAUCAAGAUUUACGACGAGAGAUCAGGGGUUCUGCUGCAUCACCACUCAGUGCAUGAGAUCUCCUAUAUCGCCAAGGAUACCCGGGACCACCGGGCCUUCGGCUACGUCUGCGGGAAGGAGGGUCACCACCGGUUCGUGGCCAUCAAGUCCGGCCAGUCGGCAGAGCCCCUGAUCAUUGACUUGCGUGACCUCUUCACACUCAUCUACGACAUCAAGCAGCGCGAGGAGAUGGAGAAGAAGGCCCAGAAGGACAAGCAGUGUGAGCAGGCCGUCUACCAGACCAUUCUGGAGGACGAGGUGGACGAUCCAGUUUACCAGUACAUUGUGUUUGAGGCUGGACAUGAGCCCCUCCGUGGCCACCAAUCAGAGGAGAGCGUUUACCAGGUCCCUACCGCUACCAGUCAGCAGAAGGGAGAAGGGAUCUAUGACGUCCCAAAACGACAUUUCAUGACUAACAUCAACCACUUUGAUCUGUUCGGAGAUAUGUCCACUCCACCCUCGAUUCCCCCGUCCCCGGCCAACACUCUGGACCCCAGCAGGAGCCACCGCCAGCCCCAGCAUCCCCCAGAGAUGUUCACCGGCCCCUUCAGCCCCACCUCUGUCCCCUCAGGGUACAUGACCAUGGGGCCAGUCCAGGCAGCCCAGUGGGCCCAGCAGGGACCCUUCGCUGGCCAGGCCCAGACCCUGGCCUUCGGGGUGCAAGGGCCCCUCCAGGUGACCCAGGUCCUCCCUGGGGGCCAGCCCGUCAUCUGGAGCCAGGCCAACAUCUUCCCUGCCACCCAGCAGCAGUGGGCGGCCAUGGCUGCCUACAUGCCCGCCCAGGCCGUGGGCGUGGGGGGCCACCACAUCCCCAUGAUGGUGCCCAUCACCACCGUAUGCCCCAGCCCCCAGGGGCCCUACGGUGACCUCUCCUCCACCCCCUCCUCGGCCAUCGCCAGCCCCCAGCAUCACACGAUAGACCCCGUUCUGAUCCAGCAGCAGCAUAGCAUCGGUGGGGACUCUGACGCAGGCGAAGGCCCCUCUUCGCUGGGCCUUGUCAUGGUGGGCAGCAGGUGUGGCACACCCAGGCCGAUGAGCCCUACUUCAAUGGGUCUUGGUGCCGUGAGCAGGUGUGAGACGCCCGUUGGCCUUGUCAUUAUGGCGAGGUGUGAGACGCCCGGUCUAGUGAACGUGCCCCCUGACACCCUGGUCUGUAGCCAGCUGGGCCUGGGAUCAUCAUCUGCCACAACCCAGGAAGAGGAAGGCAGCUGUAGUGACCUUGACCUCUCUCGGAUGACCUUGAGUCCAGGCACGUCCACCUCGCCCUCCACUGACUCAGCGUCCACCCCAGCCCCCCAACCUGGCUCGUCCUCAGACUCCGCCCCGUCCCAGACUAGUGAUCCCCCCACAGACCACUCCCCCAUCGAAAUAGAGGCCACACACCCCAGCACCAGGGAGGAUGACUCGGGCUCAUGCACCAGGGCUCUGUCUCCCCAUCCUUCCAGUGAUGCUCCAGCUGACUGUCCACAGGCCCAGACCUGUCCACAGGAAGACAGCUAGAGAACACUGGGCUCUGGGAGAAGAACCCUCUCUAUGCCCAGAGAUAUGACCAACAAGAGGAGAUGAGAAGAGAGGAGAGGAGGAGGAGGACAGCGGACUGAGAGGGAGAGGAGGAGAGACUCUAGACUCCUGUGUCUCUCCACAUAGCUGGAUUACACUGAUCACUGUUUUGUUCUGCGGACUAUUAAUAUUGGCAGCCUAAAGUAGCAGUACCAUAGGACUGGCUUCUCUCCUCACAAUGGACAAACCUUGUCUUUUUUUCCCUUUGCCAAUUGGAAGGUUUUUCUCCCAGGAAGUGACCUUUGAAACUGUAGCAGCAGGUCGUUGCCAUAACAACAUUCUGCCACAGGUCAGUGGGUGAAGACGUCCAAUCUAUCAUGUGACCUGGAAGAACCAAUCACACUGCAAGUUCAGAAAGAGGAUUCUAAUGGGUUCUAUGGAUUCUGAUGCUUUUUUUUAGGUAUUUUGAUGAGGAAUGGUGUCCUUUGGGGUUGUACCCUGCAAAGACUCAUUGUGCAGAACAGAUGGAUUUCCCAAAUGUUUUCAAAGAACUGACUUGUUCCAUUUGCAUGAACAGACUUUGUAUUGUGGAUCCAGCGAAACGCAGCAGCGACUGCGAGACAACUGUUCUCCGUAGCUCCGUAGCUUCCUUUUCAAAGCUAAAAGAUAAAAAAUAUAAUUUGUCAUUUGUAAGCUGCGACUACUGAGUUGAUGCUUAUGAGAGUUUUUAGGGUAACAAAAAAAUGAUUGAGGCCUCGGCCGAAAUAAAAAUCCUGUUUGCCAAACUUC